AGCAACUAAUAAAUAAGUAUUUUUUUCACGAGUAAAGCUACAUGAGUACGUUGUAGAUAAACAACUAAAUUAGCCCUCCGUACACUACGAAGGUAGUACGUACACAGUACAUAGUUCUGUACGUACAGUACUGCACGUACAGAGGCCGCGACCGAGGCCACGAUCUCCGCCAUCGCGAGGAGCAAAAGCUAUUGGAAACGACGCACCAUGGGCCACAUCUCCGUCGCGCUCGUGUCCGCCAUCGGGGACCGCAUCGCUGGCGCGCCCAUCUCGUACGCGCUCAGAACCGCGCGCGACUCUGAAAACUUCCAUGCGGGCGCGGCGGCGCAAAUCCUUUUUAUGGAGCCCGACACAGCUGGCGAUUUCCACGUCGCCCCGGCUCCGUGCGCUCGUGAGGCUCACAUGGGUUUCAUGAAUCCCGUCAAGGGGUUGCUUACUGCGUGAGAGGAUUGUUCGUAGUGUGGUCUGCUCGCAUCUAGAUCACAUGUUUUGCCCGGAUGGGUUAUAGCUCAGUCUUUUUGUAAUCAGACACUACUACAACGUUGUACACGUACGUACAGAGACAGUACUGCACGUGUAGAACGUCGUAGUCGCAGCUUCUCGUAGGUGGACAACUUGACGUGUCCUUCGCCUGCGAGAUCUCUGAUGAAGUCGUUCGAAAGUCGCCUACCCCGACGAAAAUCGCCGUAUACUCGAGCGUUUAUCGUGCUCGCUAUCGCGCUAAUCGGUUUUAUGGCUUUAUUCGGAGUUGAGAGCCCCAAGCUUGCACCUUCACGUCCUCAGCCCCAGUCGUCUGCAACGAAGCGCGCGUGCGUGGGGUUGGCCGAGAGCAGGUUGCUAUCCUUCACCGAAGCGACGACAGGAGCAUGUCGAGACAGCGAAAGGCAGCGGGCGUGUCAGGACGUCCUUGUUGAUAUGCGAGUUCAAAACUCAGGCUUUCAUGUUACGAUCACCAUUUUCUAGGUAUAAUAGUG